AUGGAGCUUGUCAAAGUUCUUGCUGCACUGCAACCUGUUGGUCUUACGUUAUUGUUUGAGAUCUUUAACAUUUGGUUGCAGAUAAUAAUGCUUAGCGCUUUAAAAACCUCUAUAGCCUGUAUUAUUUGUCCAAGGAAAGAUCAAUCACUGGAAUUCAAUGGCACUAGUACAGAAAACAUAGCAGAAUAUCAUGCUUGCCAAACUCUGUUGGUGAUUGUUGCAAAUGUGCUUGGUGGAAAGAAAUUAGAGUCAGCUUGUUUGUCCCUUAUAGAUGUUGAGAUAUCUUCCUCAAUCAAAUGGGAAAGAAGUUUAUUGAGAAACUGA